AGGCUCGUCAUUCCUAGUCGAGUCUCACCGACGCUCGCAGCGCUCCUCUCGAAACGCUCGGUCCUCUCGUUUCUCUUUCCUCCAUGCACGCUGCCCUGUACUACGCAGGUUAUCCCUAAAUUCUACCCCCACCCUCGGUCGGUUCCCUCUCUCCCGGUGGAACGCUCCCUCCAAACGGUUCAGCGAGGCAGGGAGAAAGCGUGGAAGAAAGUCGCGAGGAAGGAAAGCAGAAGGAUCAGUGCGAGCGUGUCCAUUGAGCGAGCCGGUUCAUUGAAAAGUUUCGCCAAAAGUAUAUCGUGUGUGCUCGCGUGUGUGUCUCUAUAAAAAAAAUAUAUAUAUAUAUACAUACAUAUAUAUAUACACAUACACACACAUAUAUAUAUAUAUAUAUAUAUAUUCUCUUUCACUCUAUUUCCCAUCUUUCUUUCGCUAUCUGUCUUUUUGACGCUGUCUCCUGGCAAAAGUGGAUCGGAAAGCAUACUUGCAAAAGGUACACUCAAAUGUCGCACAAGAUGCAGAACCAAGGAGCGCCGCCUGUUCACGGGGGCAAAUUUCAGAGAACACCAAUGCGCCCGAUGAUAGCUGAAUACGACCCAAAGAAGCACGGUGUGAAAACAGAACUUUCAGACAUGGUUCUUGUCAACCAACAAUCCAGUCAUCAUAUGGACGUUGUGAAGUUUUGUAGCAUCCUAGUGGAUGAUGAUUAUUUACAAUACAAGUGCGAGAAAAAUGACGUUCCGAUUACCGUCACGAACGGCUCGACGUUGCCGCUCGUGGAGCGGCCGAACGACGAGGAGGCGGCGCUGUACAAUCCGUUCGAGCACCGGAAACUGGCGCACCCAACCUCCGACAUGGACACCCUGAUCCAUCUGCUGAAGGGCAGCUUGGGUACCGGGAUCCUGGCCAUGCCGAUGGCGUUCCGCAACGCCGGGCUGCUGUUCGGCCUGUUCGCAACAUUUUUCAUAGGCGCCGUCUGCACUUACUGCGUGCACAUUCUGGUCAAGUGCGCCCACGACCUUUGCAGGCGGACGCAGACGCCCAGUCUAGGGUUCGCGGACGUCGCCGAGGCUGCCUUUCUCGUCGGCCCGGAGCCUGUCCAGAAGUACGCUCGCCUUGCCAAAGCGACGAUCAACUCGUUUCUGGUGAUCGACCUGAUAGGCUGUUGCUGCGUCUACAUAGUGUUCAUCUCGACGAACGUGAAGGAGGUGGCCGACUAUUACACGGACACCGACCGAGACGUCAGGCUGUACAUGGCCGCCCUGCUGCCUCUGUUGAUCAUUUUCUCCCUGGUGAGGAACCUGAAGUACCUGGCCCCGUUCUCCAUGGUCGCGAACAUCCUGAUCGCAACUGGAAUGGGAAUCACGUUCUACUACAUCUUCAGCGACCUACCCACCAUCAAAGACGUGCCGAAUUUUUCGAGCUGGUCUCAGCUACCUCUGUUCUUCGGCACCGCCAUCUUCGCCCUCGAGGGUAUCGGCGUUGUGAUGCCCCUCGAGAACAACAUGAAGACACCGACCCACUUCAUCGGUUGCCCUGGCGUGCUGAACACCGGCAUGUUCUUCGUGGUUCUAUUGUACAGCACCGUGGGUUUCUUCGGCUACUGGCGGUACGGAGAGUCGACGAAGGCGUCGAUCACGUUGAACCUGGUCGAGAGCGAAAUCCUGGCUCAAUCAACGAAGCUGAUGAUCGCGGUGGCGAUCUUCCUUACCUACGGGCUCCAGUUCUACGUACCGAUGGAGAUCAUCUGGAGGAACUUGAAACAGUACUUCGGCUCGCGGAAGCUGGCCGCCGAGUACGUGAUCCGGAUAUUCUUUGUAGUGUUCACCGUCGGUGUGGCGAUCGCUAUCCCGAACCUGGGCCCGUUCAUUUCGCUGGUCGGCGCGGUGUGUCUGUCUACGUUGGGGCUGAUGUUCCCAUCGAUAAUCGAGCUGGUUACCGUCUGGGACCAAGAGGACGGGCUCGGCGCUUGCUACUGGAGGCUCUGGAAGAACCUGGCGAUCAUCACGUUCGGCGUGCUCGGCUUUCUGACCGGCACCUACGUCAGCAUCCAGGAUAUCCUCGAGACGAAAUGAAGCGCCGGGUUCGAAGGAGCUGCGGUGCGACGGAAUAAUCGCUCAGUGCGUACCAUAGAUGCCGACGGGCUCGACACCGACCGCGCUCCAAGCGAGCUGCCCCGUCGCGCCACCUGGCCGACGGUCUCAUGGACGGUGAGGCCGCCGCCGCUGAAGCAUCCAGGAGGAGUUACGCGGCCACGCGAGCUCCGAACUUCCAGCUUCGUCUCGCUGCUUCUCUUUCCGUAUCGGUAGCACGACGACUGCACCGACGACGAAGACGUCGCCAUGGGCCAGGCACAGCAGUAGACCAUACGGUUAUGUGUCAUGCGCGAUCUGCAUUACCGGCGAUGCUAAACAUCUUACGCCAUCUGUCUAAAGUAACGGUCGGCGAGCAAACUACGCGAGACUGUGGAACGUUUGUGGGCACGAAUUUACGGGGUUGCCGGAUCGAAAGGCGUAACGUUGCCAGUUAACAGGGGGCGCGUAUGUCGAGGGUUUCUGUCUCUAGGGACUGUAUUCCGUAAAUAUUUCUGGUUCGAAACAAGAGUACAUUCUUGAAUCAUUGGCAACGUCGAGCGUGACACGAAAGUGGUCUACUACUAUACCUCGUCUGUGACGUCGCGUAGAUACGAGCCUGUAGCGCACUCUCAGUUUCUCAUUAUCUUGCCCCUCCGCCACAUAUUCUCUCACAUCAUAGAGAUACAGCAUGUCUUUUGAAAGCAGGGACUUAGGUACUCUGAUGGUCAUAAUAGCUCGGCUUGUGCCGCGAGGGUUGUUCGAGUGGGCCGAACGGCUGUUAUCGUUGUCAACUUUAUAGAAUUUUACACUUCAAUCAGACGGUUCGCAGAAGACCAUCCUCUACAAAAUAUUUUGCACUCAACUGUACGAUAAUUUUUUACAAACGUCUAGCGUACCUUAGCUUCCUACUUUCGAACGACAGGUCAUAGUUGUAUGAAACGAGUUCGUGUACUUUGGCGCAAAUUUUCAAGACUGGGACCCCUUUUACUAGAAUGAUCAUUUGUGACAUCGUUUUACUAAUUUAAUUUAUUUCCAUUCAUGCGACGAUUUUUUACUACAUAUUGUACACACGUGUUAUUUUAUAUUAGAUCGACUGGAGCACAAAUGUUUGCACAAACGAAGCUUUUCAUGCAGUAAUUGAAUAUAAAAUUUAUGACGAGCUCUAAGUUGAAUAAAUAGAUGAGGCCUCCGUUGUUAAUUUUAGACAGUAUUGUACUCUCGAAAUGUUUUAUCAUAUUUUUUGAAGUAUUUUAUUAUUUUAUUCUUGAGUACUGCGGAAACGAUAUUUCGACUGCUAUUUUAUGGAAUUUGAUCUGAUUGAUUGAAUACACGUGUACACGAACUCCUUUCGAAGAAACCUCUCGCCAUCACCGUUCCCCUCUCCGACGACUUGUGUACUCGAGUUCUGCGUCUUCGUAGAAGACGAUGUGUAUAUCAUCGAUCUUCGCCGAUCUACGUCUAGAGUCGUCGCUGUUAACGUCGCGCCGUACAAUGCCGUACGCCACGUGUAGGCACGCUGAGAGUCAUUAACGUCGCGUGUACCAUAUAGACAUCAUAAUACAGCGACGUCGACCAAUGAUAGCGAGUAUGUUGACGCCUUGCCAUAUUGUGUUAGCCAAAUUUAACGUUGUUCGAUUUGGUCUGAACGUUUUAGUUUAAUGAAUUUUUUCAGCAAUAAUAACAGCAGUCCUUUCGAAUGGAUCAGUUUGUAAUAUUCUUUAAAUUUCGAAAAGAAUCUAAGAUUACCUCAAGCUAAUAUUUUAUUGAUUUUUAAAAAAAAUAUUGUGAUAACUGUUUUCUAGUUUUUUUAACAAAAAUUGCAAGGUGUUCAAAAUCGAAGAAAACGAAUAAAUGAAAGUCGUCGAGACAACAUUGCACUAACAUCUUCUAUAUUCAAUUAUACGAAAACAUUUUGUGUAGCUCUACAUAUUUCUGUUAAAUUUUAUCUGACAAUCUUCGGAAAAAUGAUAAUGAGGGAGUAAACAUUUACCAAUUUGCAAAUUGAUUGACAUGGUCACUGACCAAUACCUGACCGUCUGAUCUUACCAUGGAUAGUCAGUGACCUACAUUUGUCCCUUCAACGGUACCAAUAGUGGUCACUGACCGACACAUCUGAUCCUCCAAUGGUACUGUCAUAGACACGCAAUUGUCAGACAUACCAAAACCCUCGGAAGCUAGACAAUUUUUUAUUAAUUGGACAAGACUAAAAUUCGCAGUUUGAAUUAAACGAGCUACGGGAUGUUAAUGAUUGUCAAUGCGCGCAAUUAUACGUUCGAGCGAUUAACCGAGCAAAGUCAACGGCACAUCGUGGCUCGGAGUACCCGGAUCCAUACGAUCGUGGAUCGUGCGAAAUCUUGAGACGAGUAACGGCAGGGGCGUAGGCACAGGGGCAUAGGCCCCGACGCCUGGGUCUCCUAUAUAUAUAUCUCUCUAUUUCUCUCUUCUCAUUUUUAUUAUUUAUUCGCGGUGCGACGGCCGUGCGCACGAACGACAAACGCUUUUUUCCAUCGAGAUCAUAGACAACUGCGGGACGGUUUUUUCCUUUGUUUUUCUUUUUUUUUUCUCUCUCUAGUUGCUUACGUACACGCGGUACGAUUAUAGAUAUGUAAAUUAUACUUAAGCGUCGUUUUUACCUAAGAGCUGGGACCGUUCGCGUUUUCGGCUUUAAACGUGUGUGCGUUCGUUCGUUCGUUCGAUUUCCUGCGACAAGAGAACGAUUUGUAAGAUAAGAGGCUCCGGAAGACGAGCGUUGAAUGAUCUGCUCCCGCUUGGAUCAUGUGAUUUAUCGAAAUGGCUGACAUUCUCAUGCGGCGAACAAAAUUUCUGAUAAGAUUAUCUGAUAUCACUGAAUUUUGCAAUGGAUAUACGUACAUGGAAAUAAGAAAGACCGGAAGUCGAUUUAACUCAGCCUACACGCUACAAUUGGUUAACUGCACUUAUAAAUUUAGACACGUGGACAGCAUCCAAGAAAAAGCUAUUAUUCAAUUGCGUACAGUCGUAUUUAUUAUUGCUAUUACUUAAUAUUGUUACAAUUGAAUGGUUGAAAGCUGUGUUAUAUUUUUUAAUUAGAUACGUUGGCCAGCCAAGAUUAAUUAUAACAGUGAUCUAUGAUCACUGACAUCCUAAUAGAAUUCAGUCUGUUACUGUGUCAUUCAGUCGCAAAUAGAAAUGAUGUUCCUAUAAGGUCUAAAAAACACCUUUGACUUUUUAUAAUAUAAAUUGCUUGUUUAUAAUAAAACAGUCUGCAUAAGUGCUGCCAUUUUCUCAAUUCUCAUUCAGGCAUAAAGCAGGUUUCGAAAGUAUUCUUUUCGUUUGUUUAAAAAGAAUGUCUACGAGAAAUUGCAAUAAAAAGGUCUGUAUUCGUUAAAUUCAACCUCAAAGACAACAUUUUUCACGACAGAUCGGAGAUCAAACGGUUAGCUUUAGAAUCAUUCAACAUUAUUUUCUCGAAGUGAGAACGUUCCAAGUUGGCGAUGUCAGAUCGAAUCACGUGACACGACCGACCGGAGCCACCGAUCUGUUCCUAGUGCCUUGCUGCACAAAAGCAAAAAACGUACAAAAAUGGUUACUAAUUAAGAGUAAUAAGAAUGGCGCGUAGAUGUGAUAAUACCGUGAUGCAUGCUUGCUAGUCUGUAAGGAGUUUAGCGAGACCCAUGUGGCGCGACGCGUGCGCCAGCGCGCGAAAUUCAAACGCUGAUCCGACAUCGAGGAGGUCAAACAUGAAUUUCAAGAACGGUAAAAGUGGAACUGCUCACACCAGUCAACACUAUUUAUUUUGCAUUCUAUUAUAAAAUCGACGACUGUGCCCAUUGACAAUAAUCCAAAGCGAAACAAUAGAAUUGCUGGAAUGCAAACGAAAAUUCUAACGAUUGCGAAAUAGUACAAAAAGUAAUUAAGAUCGAUUCUUAUAUAGAUUAAACCUAGAACUACCUAGCUGAAUAAUAAGACUGCAUUUGUUCAGAUUUUGCAAGAUUUUUAUUAUCAUGCAUUGAUUUCCUCCGAUAAUGAUUAAUUUAAGGUGAUUAAAAUUGCAACAAAAUAGUGAAAUUGAAAAUGUCGGAAUUAAAGUGGCUCGUUCGGUAAGGUAGUUCUAGUGUUGAAACAGGGAGUUUGAUGGCGUGCGAGUCGCAAAGAACUAAAAUCAUUGCUAAAAACAUGUGUCUCGUUUAAUUUUCCUCGAACUUGUAAUUUACAAAUCAAAGUUAAUUAUUUGUUGAUUCGUCAAAAUUUGACAAUAAUUGUUGCAUAAAAUAAGAUCAACAACUUGAAUUUCUCAAAAUUUAAUAGAAAUUGUAAUGGUUAAAAUCGUAUUUUUUAAACUUACAUAAAAUAGUUGACCUGCAGUUCAUGUAAACAUUUAUUUAUAAAUUAUUUCAUUCCUUAAGGGACACAUGUAUGAGGACUUUGCGUGCUCAGAACGGAGAUUAGUGCCUUGGUUCUUUCCUCUAGUGGGGUUUAAGGUCAGAUCGAAGCCAUAUAUAUAGAUCGAUGAAAAUUCGAAAUUUUUGCCAAGCAUCAUCCGUGUUUCACUAGUUUUCUGUACUCGUCCAUUCUUUUCGAUUGUUCACGACGAUGAUCGUCUGUAUCAGUAACACGUACGACGAUUUGUAUUCGUGAAAGGAGAACUUUGGAGAUUGAAAAUCACUUUUUGAAAAUUGUUCUUAUAUGGAAAACGAAAUACAGGCAGACAGACAGACACACAAGACACCGUUUCGCCGCUUUUGUACUUCGAAUUUCCGUUACAGAUCGCGAGGAGAAUGUCGUUUCGCGUGCACGCGUGUACCGUGCACGCUAUCAAUCUGUCAGGCAUUGUGCGAGACAGUGUUAUGAUAUUUAAUACACAAGAUUUGCAAAAGA